GCACAGUUCGGUGCGGCUUCUUGUUAAAUCCACGCAUACUCGAUAUUAUUUGAUUUCGAUGCUUCAUUUCUGUCGUGAAUAGCCGAAAGUGGUUCGUAGACGCGUUCUGUUGUUUUGUUAUUUGAUAAUUAAUUCGUUUGAAUUUUGCGGACUUAACUAAACCACUCGCAACUGAGAGAACCGGCUUAUUGAAAAUGGAUUUCAAUAAAAUGAAGGUGAACGAUCUCAAGGCGGAAUUGGCCUCCCGGAAUUUAGAUACCAAGGGUGUAAAAGCAGUUUUAGUGGAGCGUCUGAAAGAAGCCUUGGAAAAAGAAGGGGUUACAACGUUGAAUACCAUAGAAUCUACACCAACUGCGGCUACGGCUGUGAAGAAACUCGAUAUCGUUGGAACGCCUAAUCAAUCGACACCGGUACGCAGAAGUCGACGCCGUUCUAUGACUAGAUCUCCGUCACCCGCCAAGCCUGAGGAGGUACAUCCUUUAGAAAGUCUCGAUGAAGAACCCGAGCAGGAUUCUGAAGACCCAUCUAGCGCAAGUAAGAAACGUCGUACGAGUUCAACUACACAAUCACCGGCCAAGACAGCCGAAGCAGUGGAUAAACCAACCGAUGUUGUGACGCCGAAAAAGGAUAACGUACCGGAGGAUGCACCAGCGGCACUUGUAACUAGCCCGUCCAAACAGCAGACUACACCCUUAAAACAGCAAACUACACCUGUCAAACAAGCUGCUUCUAGUCCUGCUGUUACUUCUCCAGCCAAAUCGGUUUCUGCUAGUCCGAUAAAACCAGCAGUUUCAACUCCGAAUAAACCAGUAGGUCAGGCGAUUACUACUCCGACUAAACCCGCUUCUACACCGGUAAAAUCAACAGAAGUUAGUUCACCGACCAAAACUGUAACGACUCCGGUGAAAACAGCUCAGACUACCACUCCGACAAACCAGGCAACUACUGUCAAAGAAUCACCCAAGAAGGAAGUUUCAACUGAGGACAAAACAAACAAUUCUGAAGAUUUAUCGCAGAAAACGGAACCAGCAUCCAGUGAAAAUAAUAACGACAAUGAAACUUCAACUUCAGACAACAAGGAAACAGUAGAGGAAAGCGAAGGCAAAGCGGUUAAACGUAAAUCGUCUUCACCUGCGAAAGAGUCACCAAAUAAGGCUCCUCGCCCCAAUAUUGCUGAUAAACCCAUAGACUUUAUUUCUGAAGAGGUAGAACCGGAGCUGGACAACAACAAGUUCUCACUUAGUUGGUUUGAUUCGGAUUUAAAUCUCGAAAUCGAUCCAAAGUCAUUGGAUACGGCUAAACCUAUCUCCGAGGGACCGUUGUCAUUAGUACUAGCAUGUGCUAGGGCAAACUUAGGCGUAACUGGUGGUAAAGUAGCGUACGAGGUUCUUCUCACGGCAUAUAACGAAACACGCAAAGUGACAGAUGAACCGAUCACCUCAGAUUUCCGUGUCGGUUGGUCUAUUGGCGAUGCAAAUCUGCAGCUGGGCGAAGAUAAGCAUUCUUUCGCAUAUAUCAGUACAGGAUUCAAAGCUGCUGAUAGCAAAUUUUCGGAAUACGGUUCGGCAUAUAAAUUAAACGAUGUCGUUGGUGUAUAUCUGGAUUUGGAAUCCAAUCCAUGCAAGAUAGAAUUCACUCUAAACAGUACUAACCAGGGUACUGCCUUUGAGUUCGAUCGUUCAGAACUGGAAGGUAAAGCGUUAUUCCCGCAUAUAUGCAGCCGCAACAUUGCUUACAAGGUGAACUUUGGUCAGUUAGAACGAAGUUUACUGAAUGAUAGAGCUAAACCGAAAAAAACGCAAGGAAACGAGAAAAAAACAGAUGAAGUGAAGAAAGAAGAAAAGUCUGAAACUGCCGAUGCAAAAGAUGAAACAUGUGAACAAACAAACGAUGCAACAAAACCUCAGGAGGAACAAGAAAGCAAAAUAGAUGAUUUAAAUUCGAAGGAACCUAAGCCGGAAGAGCCAGAAAAAGAACAAUCAGAGGCAAAAGAAGAUGAACCCGAAGCGCAAGAACCAAUGUUCAUUAAUGCCGAAUACAGUUAUAUCGGAGAAUCUCCUAAAUCGAAUAUAGUAUCGGGUGUUAGUCGUCCAGAAAAUCGCAGCGAUUGUGAGGUCAUUUUCAUGAUCGGUCUGCCAGCAAGCGGCAAAACCACUUGGGUGGAAAACUAUCUCAAACAAAAUUCUGACCGUCGAUAUACCGUUUUGAGCGUAGAUACACUAUUGGACCGCAUGAAAGUGCUUGGUGAACCGCGAUUGCCCUCAAAUUCCAGCAAGUGGUCACGAUUGGUAAACCAGUUGGGAAAAAUUUUAGAUAAACUGGACGAAAUUGCCACCAAAAGACGACGGAAUUUCAUACUCGAUCAAACGAACGUAUUCUUGGCUGAACAACGUCGCAAACUAAGAGGAUUCGGCGGAUUUUCGGCACGUAAAGCUGUUGUUGUUGUUCCUGAAGAGGAAGAAUAUAAAAGGCGUUUGAAACUUAAGAAAGACAAAUUUGGUGACGAGGUACAAGAGAGCCAUUUCAACACCAUGAAAGCAUUUUUCCACAUUCCUACUUCCGAAGCUGGUUGGUUUACCGAAAUACAAUACGCUGCCCAAAAUGAAACUCAAACGCAGGAAACUCUGAAAAAACUAAAAGAAAUCGGUCGCAAAAUGCAUCAGAAUCAACAACAACAACGCAUGGGUGGAGGAUACAAUCAGCGAUGGAACCAAAAUCAGGGAGGUUAUCGAAAUAACCGUUACGGCGGCAACAACUACCAUCAACAACAGCAGGGAGGAUUCAACCAGCAGCAGCGCUACAAUUCGCAGCAGUAUUCUCAAAACAGAAAUUUCCGACCGGGUAACGGUUACGGGAGACGCGAUGCGCAGGGUGGUUUUGGCGGAAAUUCUCGCUACGGCAACAAUAACAACGAUUGGACUCGAGGAUACAACAAUCGUUUCAACAAUCGAGGUUAUCAAGGAAAUCAGAAUCGGCGGUUCGAUGGAAACCGAGGAUAUAACAGUGGAUGGAAUCAACAGAAUUCAAACAACUGGAGCUACGAUACCCAAAUUGAUGAUACUCAGCAAUGGUACUCUUGGUGGCAGUCAAACCUAAAAAAUUUAUUGCAGCAGGGAAACGGUGGAAAUGACCACAGCGCGCAGCAAGCUAAUAUGGAACAGUAUUGGUCUCAAUACGCACAGCAGCAUAAUUACGGAAACUAUCAGCAAUCGAAGUCGCAUGGAUCUCAUGGUGCUUCAGCCAAAAAAUAAGUAUCCAAUGACUACGAACAUCUAUAGCAAUAAGUUACGUUAAAAGCACCAACCCUUUUCCACUCAUAAUCAACACAGUUUGCAAACAAAAAGUCACACAAUGCUCUAGGAUUUUUUUGUUACGUUCAGUUUUCUUUUUAUUCAUUCUAUUUUUCUUUUUUUUUUAUUCAUUGACCACCAGAACUAGAAUACGAAUUCUUGUGUAGAUCUAUGCAGCGAAAGUUUACUAAAUGUGAGAAGUACAACUGUUUCCGGUUAGGAAAAAUUCUAACAUAUAACACAUAAUUAUAUAUCUAGAUUUUAGCAUCGAGGAACGAGUGCUACCUGCAGUGUUAGGUAAUUGUCACUUCUAAAAGAAUUUGUGCUCCCAUUUGUCUGUGCUGGUGAAGUAUUUUUAGUAGCUGUUAACUUAAAUUAUCGAUUGACUUCUUUAGUUACUGUACUGAGCUAGACGUAGAUAAACCCCAAAAAAAGGUCUUUUUACAACACAGCUAUGUACUGAGAGAUGAUGUUAGCUUCUGUUUUAUGAUUUUUCUCUACCAUUGAAAAAUUUCAAUACGAAACUGCUUGUAAAUUUGCGUUUUAUUUUUCUAAUGAUAUGCCCCAGCAUACAAAUUGUAGAAUUUAAGCAGCUAUAAAAAAACACAUCUUGAACGCGUUAAUUUUCUACUUAAUAAAGCAUAACGGUUAAGUAAUUGAAUGUCAAAUCAAA